AUGUCGGUCCAAGCACACUCAAAGCCUCGAAAGCUGAGGAUUAUUCACGUCGGUGCAGGAGCGUCAGGUCUUUUAACUGCUUAUAAGGCCGAGCGUAUGCUGCAGAAUUAUGAGCUUGUCUGCUAUGAUAAAAACCCGGUCAUAGGCGGGACGUGGUAUGAGAAUCGUUACCCAGGUUGCGCGUGCGACGUACCUGCUCAUAUAUAUACGUAUUCCUUCGAACCGAACACUGAAUGGUCUUGCUACUAUGCAAACUCUGCCGAGAUUUAUGACUAUUUUCUCAGAUUUGCAAAGAAGUAUGAUCUUGAGAAAUAUGCUCAGCUGCGAACCACAGUAAUCAGCGCGACUUGGAAUGAUACUGAAGGGAAAUGGGCUGUCAAGUUAAGCCAAGAUGGUCAGGAGAGAACGGACUACUGCGACGUAUUGAUGAAUGGAUCGGGAGUGGUCAACAAAGCCAAGUGGCCCGAUGUCCCUGGUCAAUCCUCCUACAACGGUACCAUAGCUCACAGCGCAACCUGGGAUCCCAAAAUUAGUUGGGAAGGCAAACGGGUUGCACUCAUCGGAACCGGCUCUAGCUCUGUGCAGAUGCUGCCACAACUCGCCAAAGGUUCAAAAAGCCUUCACGUGUUUGCAAGAAACUCGAUAUGGAUUGUCCCUUCACUAGGCACAGAUCUCAGCAAGGCUAAUUCGGAGGGCAAUAGUCCUGCCGAGCAACCAGGCACGCAAAUCUAUUCUGAAAAGGACAAGGAGGAGUUUCGCAGAGACGCUGCGGCGCAUCUACAGUACCGGAAAGGUCUUGAGGCAACUCUGACACGCAACUUUCCAUUCUUUCUUAGGGAUUCGCCGAUGAGCCAGUGGGCUACUGCUGCUAUUAAGCAGGAUAUGCUGAAGAAGCUCGAGAGUGCUGAUGAGGACUUGAAACAAAAGCUUAUUCCAUCUUGGCCACCAGGAUGUCGACGAAUCACGCCUGGCAAUGACUAUCUAGAGAGCUUGGUCCAAGAUCAUGCAAAGGUUGUCUUCGAAGGCGUUUCGAGAUUCACUCCUACGGGCCUUGUCACGAGCGAAGGCAAGGAAUUCGAUUUCGAUCUGAUUGCCUGUGCUACAGGAUUUGACAUUUCAUAUACCCCGCAUUUCAAAAUCACUGGUGUUGAUGGUGUUACGAUGAAGGAUGAAUGGUCAGAGAAUCCAAACAUUUAUCUUGGUAUCACUGGGCCCAAGUUUCCCAACUACUUUGUCAUCAAUGGACCAACAGGCAACUGGGGUCAAGGAUGUGUACUUCCUUCGCAUGAGGUUCAAAUUGAGUAUGCUAUGCAAUGCUGCAUCAAGAUGCAGAACGAGGGCAUCAAGGCCAUGGAGGUCAAGCAACUUCCCACUACGGAGUGGAACGAGCAUCUCGACAACUGGCACACCAAGUACUCAGUCUGGGCUGGCAACUGCCGUUCUUGGUACAAGGCGAAUAAGUCAGACGGACGGGUGUAUAUCUGGCCUGGCAGCAUGCUUCAUCUGCUCAAGACUAUGAAGACGCCUAGGUUCGAGGACUUCAACAUCACCUAUAGAAACGACAAUAUGUGGAGUUUCUUGGGUAACGGCCGUACUCAGAUUGAAGAGCUGGCUGAAGAGGGGGUUGAUGUUGAUCUUGCACCGUUUAUUCGGGAUCAAGAUGUUGCCUGGACGAUUGAUGAUCCUUCUACUCUAGCAGCAGUUGCAAGCCGUGAGCAUAAGCUUUGA